CCUAAUGUAUGGACUGGACAGAUGACCUGACUGAUGACAGAAACCAGAAAAGAGAAAUAAUGUUGACUCAACAUUAGAGAGACUUCCAUCUUGUGAGAGAAGAAGUCAAUCUUGAUUUAAUUUCUUCAAAAUAAAGGGCCCAUCGGAUUUCUAACAUGGACCACCUGCUUUGAUUUUCUAAAAAAGACAAGUAUUUAGUGAAUUUUGGAGUCUUCACCUAAGGCAGUUAAAUGGCAAGGUGCUUCUGUCGCUGGCGCAGAGUGUUGAUCUGUGUGUGCACACCAUUAAUCUCCCUGGCACUGCUGCUAUUCCUCAUCAUGGUCAUGUUGUGCACGGCCAUGCAGUCAGGUAUCCCAAAUCCUCACUUUGUUGCCCCGGGAUAUCUUAAGAAUGAAAGCCUCGCCCCAUUCCCCAAAACGUUCUGGGUUACCAGCCUGCAUGGUCAAGCCAUAUGGAACCGCCUCCAGCUGACCAACGAUCGUCGUUUCAACCCCAUCCUCCACCCCAAAAAACUCACAAGGCGAUUUGAAAAUGGUAACUUUGAGGCCAUACUGAAGAAUGUUUACUCUGAAGUUACUGACUCAAACACAAACUAUGACAAGCUACCACAGCAGAUACAAGAUUUUGUGAGCCAUAUGCAAAGGAGAGACUACCCUUUGCUCCUCCAGCCAGAUGGAGUAUGUGGAGCCGGGGCACAGGAUGAGAAGGAGCCCCCUCUUCUUCUUCUGGCCAUUAAGUCAACAGAACUGAAUUUUAAGAACCGACAUGUCAUUCGACAGACAUGGGGCCAGGGAGGAUGGGUAGCUGGACGGAAGAGAAACAGCAAUGGUGGAGGGUACGUCCGCAGGGUCUUUUUGCUGGGCAAGGAAAAUACUGAGGAGUUGGGUGUGGAUCUAUCUGAGAUACUGCAGAUGGAGAGUAAACUUCAUGGAGACAUUCUGCAGUGGGACUUUAGUGACACAUUUUUCAACCUCACCUUGAAAGAUGUGCUGUUCUGGAGCUGGUUCUCAAGCUCGUGCGGCCAGACUAGCUUUGUGUUUAAAGGCGACGACGAUGUCUUUGUCAACACCCCAAAUAUGUUGAGCUACCUAAAAGGUGAGCUAAAGAAGCCACAAGCACACGAGUCAAUGAAAGACUUUAUGGUUGGCGAUGUCAUAAUUAGAGCUUUACCCAACCGAGUCAAGAAGUCUAAGUACUAUGUCCCAGAAAGCUUCUACAAGGGCCAGUAUCCUUUGUACGCAGGUGGUGGAGGGGUGGUGUACUCAGGCCUAUUGGCCAAACGCCUACACGAUGUGUCUAAAAGGGUCCACCUGUUCCCCAUUGAUGACGUUUAUGUGGGAAUGUGUAUGGCUAGGCUAAAUGCUGGUCCGGUCCACCACCCUGCCUUCCUUACUUUUGAUUUUACCGGAAACGAUGAAGACCAACUGUGUUCGUAUCAUGGAAUCCUGUUGGUCCACAGACGUCUCCCCAACCAAGUAUUAAAACUGUGGGCCAACAUGAAAAACACAGAGGCACAGUGUUGGGGUGUGCCCCUGAGAGGAGGGACAAGAAGAAACACAACACUGUAAGCAAACCCCAAGUUACUUUAAAGAUUCACUAAAGUUGUUGUUCAGCUGUCAGUCAUAAAGAGGUGACACUGUAUUACGCUGCAUUUAUUGUCUGCAGGCAUCCAUGUUCUGGGGUUAUAUUUAAUUAUCUUAAACACUGUGAAAAUCCUGGGGUCCAUCAACAUACCAACAGACUGACCAAAAAUACAUAAUUAUUGUUUGAACAUUCAUUUCAGAUAAGAAAUAUAAUAUGAAAUACAAAUUAUUAAU